AUGAAUACUCCAACUCUCAUCAUCGACACUAGUCAUAGUUUUGCCGACAUUCAACUGGCAGCUCAAAAUCCAACAAUGGCACAGGCACAACCUACAACUACAUCUGGAAGGCGGGCAACUAUCACCAAGCCUUUCAUCUCGCCCCCGCAUUCUCCUCUUCCUGGUGAUACUGAGGGUUCGCCCAGUGAGUCGCCACAGACUUCGCCAAAGACUCUUUCUCGUUCCUCGACAGCCGGAAAGAGAACUCCUAGCUUGACGUUUACUUCACCUCAAGCACGGAAGCGGGGUUUCGUACGGCCUCAGGGUACCGAGUUCUCCAAGUCUGCGAGGUCAAGGGAGAGCGUUAUGGCUCUUGGAAGCAUCGCUCAUGUUCAAUACUUCUUUGCAAAGACUGGACUGUUAGACGGAAAGGGAGGUGGCUACAAGAAGAAGAAGGCCGAAGAGUUCAAUGCGAAUGAUGAGUUGGUCAUGGACAACCAACUCAUCGAUAGCACUUACUCUUCCCUAAGAUCAUCUCCUGACCUCGUUCUUCCUGCGGAGCACUACUCCAAGUCUCCUAUUGGUAACGAUGAUGUCGAUGAGGACCCGAAUGCAAUUCUUCCCCCAACUUACUCCACAUACAAGCCAAAGAAUGUCCAUGUUGUCCCACCACCACCAGACAAAGAAUCCCUCAAGGAAGACUUGAAGGAGGCUCUCGACGACUGUAGACGAGUCUGGGUUGAUGCUGCGAAUCUUGGGUUUGAAAAGGAGGGUUCAGGUCUCGGAAUCAAACCGCAGGCAGAUGAGGAUGAAGGUAUCGGCCGUGACAAGGAUGAGGGACCAAUCCCCGGCCUUAAGGAUAUUCUUCUUCACUCCAUUCUCCGAAGCACAACACUCGCUAUCAGAGCCGCAAAGGAAUAUUACUAUGCCGCAGAUAUGUCGAGACUUCAGAAGAUCACAUCGGAAAAGCAAAUGCGUGAGGAUUUCAUGACUGUAUUGGAUCUUUUGAAGAGAAUCAGCACAAGACAGGGAUCUGUUCUUGCCGAAGAGAAAGCUGUGGUCGUUUCCUGGAUCGACAGCGUUGAAGGCCUCCUUGACAAGGAACUCCGCAUGGAGGAUGAGGGGCGCCGAAACGGUCAGGUCUGGGCUGAAGGAGACUGGAAGGGCAAGGAAUGGGAGCGAUAUCAACUUUUCCUCAGGUACUUCGACGCCUACGAGGGUAAUUCCUCUACUCCUCUUCCUGGGCACAACACCAAAGGGCCAGCCUCCGAAUCUCCCCUUCUCAAGAUUCUUCGUACUGGUGACCGUCUCAUCAACAUUCACAACGCAAUUGUCCGCCGGUCUCGUACCCCAUUUGGCCAGAUCCCUCAUUUCCAUACUGAUUUCAACAAGCCAUACCGUCUUGCAGAGAAUCUGCGAUACUGGCUCAAGGCUGCUGAUCUCCGAUGGGAAGUUAAGAUUAGCAUGGAUGUUAUGGGAGCCGUUAACGGUACCGAAGAGGGCAUGCGUAGCUUCGAGCAAGCCGUUGCUAAAUGGUGCGAGAAGGUUCUCAUUGAAGUUAUCGCCGAGUGGAAGGACGACCAGGCACUUCUUCAAAUGCCGGUCGUAGAGAGGAAGGAGAAGCGACGAAGCCGACGAUAUGGAUCCCCAGGUGGAUCUCCACGCAACUUCUCGUAA